GUCACUAAACUAAAUAAAUAAAUAAAAUAAACCGGGCGUAGCCCUAGUGAUUGGUUUUGUACAUAGUUCUAACUCCCAAGCAGUAUUUUCGUAUUACUCAAAGUGCAUUACUAGCGAAUUUAAAAGGCUAUAGCCACAAAGUGAAAUUUUCAAUAAGAGUUUAUAUUUAAUACUGAUUACCGAUAAUCGCUAAACAGCAGCAUAGAAUUAAGUUUUAUUACAAAACAUCUAAAGGACUUCGAGGCAAGUAAUUGACAAUGUGGAAAGCAGCAGCGGGUCAACAGAUCAACAUCAAAGCGAACACAGAAGAUGACGAUGAUUGGGAAACAGAUCCGGAUUUUAUUAAUGAUGUUGACGAACAGCAGCAAAGAUGGGGCUCCACAACAGUGGAAGGCUCAGGCAGAACUGCCGGCGCAAUUGACAUGGACAAACUGAGGCGUGAAACUGAAGAAGCAGAUUCCCAGAAAAAGAAAAAGGCCCUAGACGAAGGAGCUGACAAUGCAGCCUUUGGCUACGGAGGCAAAUUCGGCGUUCAGAAAGACCGAAUGGAUGCUUCAGCAAUGGGGCAUGAGUAUGUGGGCAAAGUGGAGAAACAUGCUUCACAAAAGGACUACUCUACGGGCUUUGGGGGCAAAUUUGGGGUGCAAACUGAUAGGGUUGACAAGAGCGCAGUUAGUUGGGACCACAAAGAAAAGGUGGAAAAACACGCCUCCCAAAAAGACUAUUCUGCAGGAUUUGGAGGCAAAUUCGGAGUGCAGACUGAUCGGGUGGAUAAGAGCGCGAUGAGUUGGGACCACAAGGAAAAAGUCGAAAAACAUGCGUCCCAGAAAGACUACGUGACGGGUUUUGGUGGCAAAUUCGGCGUGCAAAGCGACCGACAAGAUAAAUCGGCUGUUGGUUGGGAUCAUAUUGAGAAGGUUGAGAAGCACGAGUCGCAAAAAGACUACGUAAAAGGCUUUGGGGGGAAAUUUGGAGUGCAAACAGACCGGCAAGACAAGUCGGCUGUUGGUUGGGACCAUCAUGAAGCCCCCCAGAAGCAUGAAAGCCAAACCGACCACAAGGUUGGCUUUGGCGGAAAAUUCGGUCUGCAAACUGAUAGAGUGGAUAAAUCAGCCGCAAACUUCGACGAACCUGGAAAAGUGGGAACGAAUUACACGAAAGUUAAGCCCGACAUUGGAGGGGCUAAACCAUCGGACUUACGGGCCAAAUUUGAAAGCAUGAAUUCGGAAAGCAGCCAAUCGAGUUCGCAUGUAAGUUCGCCAGCGCCGAAAAAGAGCAUACAUGCCAAAGCUGCGAUCUUCGCAGACAGUAGUCAAGAAAGCUCAAUUCCUCCAAGUCCCGAGAAGCAGGCGAGCGCCCCCAAACAACUUGCUUCAUCCAAGGUGGCCUUCCUGCAGCCAAAUUCUACCCCUGUAAUUAAACCAGAGCAACCGGAGAAAAGCGCGCCUCAAAAAAUGAACCCUAACAAGCUUGCUCAGUUCACAACUGCUCAAAGCGAAGCCGCCGAAAGUGCCAACUCAAACAGUUCAAUUAAAGAGGAACUGGAAUUGCUGAAGCAGUUGCAGAGGCAGAAACAAGAAGACACCGAUGAGGAAGUCGGGUCGACCAGCGAAGUGCAUGAGACCUAUGCAGAUGUCCAGCCGCCAGAACAAUUUACGCAACCCAAACCGCCUCAAAGUCCGGAACCAGAGCAGCUGCCUGUGGUAAGUUCAACCUCUGACCAAGAGGAGCCGGAAUAUUACACUCAAGACGAAAUUGUUGAUACUGGUAUAACCGCUGUUGCUCUGUACGAUUAUCAAGCAGCCGCUGAAGAUGAAAUUUCCUUUGAUCCCGAUAACCUAAUAACGCACAUUGAGAAGAUUGAUGAAGGAUGGUGGAGGGGUUUAUGCAAAGGAAAGUAUGGACUGUUUCCCGCAAACUACGUCCAAUGCAAUGAGUCUUGAGUAGGCACAACUCGCGAUAUUUUUGCCUGUGCGAAACCAUUUCGAAAGUUUUGUUAUUUGUAUUAAUGCGGUCUACCUACUUAUAUCAACAUUUUACUUGUCUUUUGUUUAGUGUUUUUAAUUACGAGAUGUAUACAUUUAUUAUAUUGCUACAAAACGAAACUGUAUGAUGCAGGUUUUUUAAUAAAAAAAUAAAAACUA